AUGUUUGCUCCGCUGCCACUUUACUCCGAUAGUGGCCAAUUCAUCUUAUAAAGACUCCCAUCAUGGCAGACUCCGGGCUUGUCGAUCACUCCCCCCACCAUCCCACCAAGGCCGAGAAGCUGAGCACCGCAUCAAAUGUCAUCCUGAUUGAUAACUAUGACUCGUUCACUUGGAACGUCUACCAAUAUCUGGUCCUCGAGGGCGCUACCGUUAAUGUGUUCCGCAACGACCAGAUCACUCUGGAGGAACUGAUCGCCAAAAAGCCCACCCAGCUAGUUAUCAGCCCGGGUCCUGGUCACCCCGAGACCGACGCUGGUAUCAGCAGCACCGCAAUCCAACACUUCAGCGGCAAAAUCCCCAUCUUCGGCGUGUGCAUGGGGCAGCAGUGUAUCAUCACUUGCUUCGGCGGAAAGGUGGACGUUACCGGUGAGAUCCUGCAUGGCAAGACUUCGCCCCUGAAGCAUGACGGCAAGGGUGCCUACGAGGGAUUGCCCAGCUCGCUCGCUGUCACUCGCUACCAUUCACUGGCUGGUACUCAUGCGACCAUUCCCGAUUGUCUGGAAGUGUCGUCCUCCGUCCAGUUGGCGGACGACAGCAACAAGGAUGUCAUCAUGGGCGUGAGACAUAAGAAGUUGGCCGUAGAGGGUGUUCAGUUCCACCCCGAGAGUAUUCUCACUGAGCAUGGACGUACCAUGUUCCGGAACUUCCUCAAACUUACCGCAGGUACCUGGGAAGGCAAUGGCAAGCACUUUGAAGAGCAAAGCAGCACCUCCAAGGUCGCCGUGCCCGUCACUGCCCCUAAAACGGACAAAAAGUUGUCCAUCCUGGAAAGGAUCUACGAUCAUCGGAAGGCCGCUGUCGCUGUGCAGAAGACCAUUCCGUCGCAGCGCCCAGCAGACCUUCAGGCUGCUUACGACUUGAACCUGGCUCCCCCGCAGGUCUCAUUUCCCGCUCGUUUGAGGCAGUCGCCUUACCCACUGUCCCUCAUGGCUGAAAUUAAGCGCGCCUCUCCUUCCAAGGGUAUGAUCGCGGAACAUGCUUGUGCGCCUGCGCAAGCUAGACAAUACGCCAAGGCCGGUGCCAGUGUCAUCUCUGUCCUUACGGAGCCUGAGUGGUUCAAGGGCAGCAUCGAUGACUUGCGCGCCGUUCGCCAAAGCCUAGAGGGCUUGACGAACAGACCUGCCCUUCUGCGGAAGGAGUUCGUUUUCGAUGAAUACCAGAUCCUGGAAGCUCGUUUGGCCGGUGCUGACACUGUUCUGCUCAUUGUGAAGAUGCUCAGCGUUGAGCUUCUCACUAGAUUAUACCACUACUCUCGUAGCCUUGGAAUGGAGCCUUUGGUUGAAGUGAACACACCCGAGGAAAUGAAGAUUGCGGUCGACCUUGGGGCUGAGGUGAUUGGUGUCAACAACAGAGACCUUACCAGUUUCGAGGUUGAUCUCGGUACCACUAGCCGGCUCAUGGAUCAAGUGCCCAAGAGCACCAUCGUGUGCGCCCUCAGUGGAAUAUCUGGGCCUAAGGAUGUGGAGGCUUACAAGAACGAGGGUGUGAAGGCGAUUCUAGUGGGAGAGGCCCUUAUGCGGGCAGCAAACACGUCUGCUUUUGUUGCUGAGCUCCUCGGGGGUACCACACAGGGCAUUCCCAAGGAGUCUCGAAGCUCACCCUUGGUUAAGAUUUGCGGCACCCGAUCCGAAGAGGCGGCUCGAGCCGCGAUUGAAGCUGGCGCAGACCUCAUCGGCAUGAUCUUGGUCCAAGGACGAACGCGAUGCGUCCCGGAUGACGUUGCACUACGUAUCUCUCAGGUAGUCAAAUCUACCCAGAAGCCUGCCAGUCAGUCUGCUGCGACAUCUCAAGGGACGCCAACUGCGGCAUCUGUUGAGUAUUUUGAUCAUUCUGCCGGAGUCCUUCGCCACCCUAGCCGGGCGCUACUCGUUGGCGUCUUCCAGAAUCAGCCUCUGGAGUAUAUCCUGGAUCAGCAACAGAAAUUGGGACUCGACGUUGUGCAACUUCACGGAUCUGAGCCGCUGGAGUGGGCCAAGUUGAUCCCAGUGCCCGUCAUUCGCAAAUUUGGCCUUGACGAGCCCGCAAUCGCCCGCAGGGCUUAUCACACUUUGCCGUUGUUGGAUUCCGGUGUUGGGGGAACUGGUGAGUUGUUGGAUCGAUCGCGCGUGCAGACCGUUCUCGAAAAGGACAGUGGUUUGCGUGUUAUUCUGGCUGGUGGAUUGGAUCCUACGAAUGUCGUGGACAUCGUUCAAAGACUUGGUGAAUCUAGUCGCAAGGUCGUUGGUGUGGAUGUCAGUUCUGGCGUAGAGACCGAUGGUGCUCAGGAUCUCAACAAGAUCCGGGCCUUUGUACAGGCUGUCAAAGGUCUCCAGCUUUAAGUCAUUUCUAUCAUCCGUCCAGCAUGUGAUGCAUAAACUUUGUUAGCUCUUUCUUCCUGUGAUCUGCUUCUCAGAGAUCAAUCCUCUUGAUACCUUUCGGGUCAUUUAUGGCCUUGAUGCCUAAAUGACACGAACACUUCAAUCUUGCAUAUUCCUUUCGUCUUACAAUAGCCUCAAUAUCUUUUGACGUGAAA